AUUUACUUUGACGUUGAGCAGAAUCUUCCUACAUCCAUAAGAAAUACGAGUAUCAGCUUGGACAGUAAUCCGCUUACUGCACGUUGAAUCUGCCAACCACUCCUUCCAUCCCUCCUAUCUACACACCAACCCCAAAUCUUCCCUCCAAACCAUCGAAAAUGCCACCCAUCACCCGCACAGCAUCCCCCAUCCUCUCAGCCCUCGCCCGACGAAACCUCCAGCGACCAGCAUUCCGCCAAGUCCGCUUCGCAUCGCACGUCGGCACCGUAUCGGCGUCGAAACUCGGCGGCAAGGCAGAUUGGGGAUAUCAGUGGAAGCGGGUUGGGGGUGUUGCUAUGAUGUAUUUCCCUGUUGUGGCGGUUGUUAUGUUUUGGCCGUAUGGGGUUGAGCCGAUUAUGGCUGUUUUUGAGGAUAAGUGGUAGGAUGGGGUUAUGGGUGGGAUGAUAAGAUUUUGAGAGGAGGGGGAUUGGAUGGGACGGGGAGGGCUUGUUGUAUAUGCUAGGUAGUAGAAAGAAGACGAGAUGGCUUCAGGAUUGAGGUCGGAAUUAGGGCUUGAGUAUUAGAAUGCAUUUUUAGCUUGG